CUUCCACUCAAAAACCAGUCUAGCCUAACUUCAUGGAUUGUUCCUCCUAAUAAUGCCACUAUUUUGGAACCAUGCACUUGGGAUGGAAUUUAUUGUAAAGAUGGAAGUGUUUCCAGAAUCAGCCUUGCAAAUUCAGUCACUGGAAUUUUCAUCAUCAGAAGAAAGAGAAAGAAAGAUCCUCAAGCAUAAGAGAGCAAUGCAUAUGAUAAACGUUUGUCUUGGAUAUCAUCAGCAUUUGAUGGAAGAAUCAUGUACGAAGAAAUCAUUAAAGCAACAAAUGAUUUCGAUGUCACAUAUCGCAUUGGAAGAGGGGGAUUUGGAAUAGUCUACAAAGCAGAUUUACCUUCAGCUGGCAUUGUGGCCGUAAAGAAAUUUCACUUAUCGGUUGAUGGGGAGCAUACAUUUCAAAAGGAGUUCUUGAAUGAGAUAAAGCAUCGAAACAUUGUAAAACUUCAUGGGUUUUGCUCGAAUGCUCGACACUCUUUUUUGGUCUAUGAGUAUCUUGAAGGGGGUAGCUUGGCAUCAUUUUUGAGAAUAGAAGAAACAGCCAAAGAAUUAAAUUGGAGUAAAAGAUUGAAUAUUGUUAAAGGUGUGGCCCGUGCACUCUGUUACUUGCACCAUGAUUGCUUACCGCCCAUUGUCCACCGAGACAUAUCAAGCAGUAAUGUUUUACUGGAUUCUAAGUGCGAGGCUCAUGUAGCAGACUUUGGCACUGCUAAGCUUCUAAAGAUUGAUUCGUCUAAUUGGUCUAAAAUUGCAGGCACCUAUGGUUAUAUUGCACCAGAGCUUGCCUACAUGAUGAAGGUAACAGAGAAAUGUGAUGUGUAUAGUUUUGGGGUAUUGUCGGUGGAAGUGAUCAAAGGAGAGCAUCCAGGUGACAUCAUUGAGUCUUUAUUGUCUACUCGGGCAGAGGAGAAGAUGGUACUAAAAGACAUUUUGGACCAACGCCUUCCACCUCCUUCACGUGCAAUUCAGUACGAACUGACAGUAAUCCUAGAACUUGCAACUCAAUGCUUGCACUCUAAUGCAAAACAUAGACCUACCAUGCGUAUGAUUUGCCAACAACUUUUAACUCGAUUUGGUUUCCAAGAUCCAGCCCCACAACUAUGUUUGGAUUAAUUAGUAAUCUGGAGGCUAAUAAAUUCACAUUGGACCAAACGCUGCUAAAAGGAAUUUCUCAUUCAGGGUGUCUGUGUUGCAUCAACUAAGAUUUCAAUUUCCUUGAGACUUCUAUGUUGACUGUGGUGUUAAUAAUUCAUUUUGAGUGCUUUGCUACUUGUCUUCUUGUUAUUUGGCUAGAAAAUAAGGCUCCAAGUGGUUUUUGUACCUUCAUAGUUCAUUGCCUCCAUUUCUUUGACAAAAAACAAAACAACUGAGCAAUAUUUCUAUGCAACAUCUAUUUAUAGGAGCCCAUGAUGAUAAGAAGGGUUAGGCUAAAACAAGUGUCUUUGAAGUUACCAUUCAAGUGAAACCAACCAUCAAACUCACUUCACUUCCCCUAUAUCACCGAGGCUGUUUCUCUUUUUCUCUUUCCCCUUUUUUAAAUUUUUUUUUUUAAAGAUGUAAAUAUUGAGUAAGAUCAAUUAGGAGAGGGGAACGUCUUUAUCAGCAUCACAGCAAGUCCAAAAAAAAGACACCUUAAAGACAUACAUACAUACAUACAAAAUUGCAGACAAAGAAGCUCAAGAAAAUCAAAAGCUCACUUUACAGAGGCAAAAACCAUCUAAAUAAAGGUAUGAAUCAAGCUAAAAUACAGAAGAGAGCAAC